AUGCCAGCCUCGAAGAACGACCGACGAUCUUUAUUCAAUCUCUGGAUUCCAACCAAAGUCGUCGUCUCUGGAAAGCCAGACACAUCGCCAACUGACUCGGGGACAUCAGAAAGCCCGUUGACAGAGCCGAUCAUCCCAGUGGGAAGGGAUCGCCUUAAGGCACGUUUAACCCGCAGUGGCUCAAAGAUCUUAUUGUUUCUGGGAUUACGAGGUUCGUCCAGGAGCAACAAGGAUGCCACCACCGACACAGACUGCUGUGAUUCAGCACAGAGCGGCAACGAAGGCCUAAGUCCCUCAACCGCAUCGUCUCCAAGCCGGAAUGAUUGCAAUCGCCCGGGAUAUCUGACUGCAACCGAGUCUCCACAAAAAAGCGAACCAAUACCUGACAAUCCUUCUCUCAGCAUUCCCACCGUGGGUGUUAAAACGCGAUCUGAGCCUCUUCCCGACCGACGUCCCUCGCUCGAGAGUCAGGGUGAAGUAGUUGUGGUCGAGGAUUCGCAUCAAGAUGCCGCGGGUGAAGGCCCUUCAUCAACUACCGCAACUGAGCAACCUAUCCCAACAAAUUCCAAAUUCGUCGAUCGCUUCUCACACAGAAUAUCCUUGGCGCUUGGCCAUACCACUGUCAUUCGUCGUCCCCAUCUGCGGCCCAGACCGAGUAUUCUUCACAUCAGUUCUCUCGAUCUGAGUGAUUUGAACAGACCGGGUGAUGGCGCCAAUAAAAGCUCAGACCCUUCAACCAGCCCCAGCAGUGCUGGAUCUUCUGCCAAUGGGCAGUCAAGUCCACUGACACCGCCGACGUCUGAAGGUCCCUCCCUUUCAUCGGAAAAAGAGAAGUCACCCGAUGGACAUGAAACUGCCGUGAUACAUUGGCUCCCUUAUUCGGAGACUAACAAAGCUACGAAAACAUCAGACACCAAGGCAAUUACCAUAGCACCCUCAAUCAAAACCGUGGAAGCAGUGGCCGUGGCAAAAAUCCAUCUGGAACUGUGCUUCAAUUCUAUCUUCCAUGACAAAGACUCGCGACAGCAGCGUCAACUCGAAUUGGAGCGGCACAUCUACGCGUUCGAUCUUACAGUCGAGGAAGAAUCGAUGACGAGGCAGAACUGGGUCUUGCGAGAGAAUGAUCAUCUCAGAAAGUACCGGGUGCUCAGGUCAAAUAGAUUCUCCACUCGAAGCGAAGACACAAUCACGGCCGCUGGGUACAAAGCACUGACGGUACUGGGAAAGGGCAGCUUUGGCGUUGUGCGACUUGUUCGGCAGAUUGGCAGUGAUUCGAAUAUGUCCAGUGAAGAUGAUCCUCUUGCCAUUCAAGACAACCAAGGCAGAGUGAAGUCUAAUCCAUUGAAUAUGUUUAUGUCUGCUGUGGAAGUUGCCAAAAGGAGCCGUCGAAGGUACAUGACUGGAGAGAAGAAGGAGGUAUAUGCAAUGAAAGUCAUCAGAAAAGCAGAAAUGAUCCGCAACUGCCAGGAAGGGCACAUUCGGGCAGAGAGAGAUUUUCUCGUGGCCUCCGAGGCCUCUCACUGGGUUGUUCCUCUAAUUGCCAGCUUCCAAGAUGUCAAUAAUCUGUAUCUCGUGAUGGACUACAUGGUCGGAGGUGACUUCUUGAGCUUUUUGAUCCGCAAGGACACCAUUCGCGAGGAGUGGGCCAGGUUUUACAUUGCCGAAAUGGUCUUGUGUAUUGAGGAAACACAUAGGCUGUCUUGGAUUCACCGCGAUAUCAAGCCUGAUAACUUCCUCAUCUCUGCUUCGGGUCAUUUGAAGAUAUCCGACUUCGGUUUGUCAUUCGGCGGGCAUUGGUCCCAUGAUCAAGCCUACUACAAUAGCCAUCGCUACUCUCUGAUAGAGAAGCUCGGUAUCACAGUCAAUGGCGAUGCUGAAGAUCGCGAUGAAACUGUCAACGCGAAAGAGCUUGCACCUGAGAUCAAAAUGCACAAUCCAAACGACCGCCAUCCUGGACAGCUUACUUCGGCUGGUUUGUUGGACUGGCGAGACAAAAUGGGAAGACGCCGAUUCGCAAAAAGCGUGGUUGGGACCAGUCAAUACAUGGCACCCGAAGUCGUUCGAGGCGAAAUGUAUGAUGGACGAUGUGACUGGUGGAGUCUAGGCAUCAUUCUAUACGAGUGCCUAUACGGCUUUACGCCCUUCGCCAGCGGGAGUCGUACUGAUACCAAGGUCAAGAUUCUUAAGCACAAAGAUUGGCUAGAGUUCCCGCAGGAGAGAGCAUCGGACAGAAUGGUCUCUCCAGAGGCUAUGGAUCUUAUCAGCAGAAUUCUGCAAGAGCGCCAAUAUCGGCUUUGCUCUCCGAAGUACCGAGCCAACGAUAUAUUGACCAGACGUCCUGUCUCUAACCAGAUGAUGUACUCCAUGGGCCCCCAGUACAGGGAUGUCGCGAGCUACUUUGUUUACCCUAACGACGCUACAGACAUCAAGAUGCAUCCCUUCUUUAGAGGCAUCCGAUGGCAAUAUCUGCACAUGUGUAAACCACCGAUGAUCCCUCGGGUCAGAGGUUGGGAGGACACCAGGUAUUUCGACGAGUGGAAGAUGACUGGCGAAAUUGUUGACAAACUUUCUGCUAAUGAUUCAAAGAAAGCUGGAGAAAGUCCUGAGCCCCGACCUGACGAAGUCACUCCUGAGAUUCAGGAAUGUGGUCCCGCAGACGCUAUCCAGUCGCCAGUUGGCGAGACCCACACAGCAACGCAAAAGGCUAAAGAGGCUCAAAAGGCAAAAGAAAAGAAGAAUCGACCACGCGAUAAGAUCCUUCGAGACAACCAGAUGGGCAAUACAGCCUUGGAUAUUCGCAAAAGGGGCGCUUUUCUGGGAUACACAUACCGACGGCCCAACGACGUGGCCCUGGCUUUUAGUACAGAGCGAGGACGUCAAACACAGACCAGAGGCCAGUUGGCGGCUCUAUAUACCUGA